AUGAGCACGGAGGAGGACGGCGAACUGCCCUCCGUGAAGUUGCCCGUCGAAGAGGGCCGGGACCACCUGUGGGCCAAAACGAAGGCCGCCUUCAGAUACGUGUACGAGCACCAUCGCAGGGAGGCGGACUGGUUCCUCAAGGCGGACGACGACACUUACGUGGUGGUGGAGAACCUCAGGUACAUGUUGGCGGAUUACGACAGUAACGAGCCCAUAUAUUUCGGCUGCCGUUUCAAGCCGUUCACCACGCAGGGCUACAUGAGCGGCGGGGCGGGCUACGUGAUGAGCAGGCGCUCGCUGGACCUGUUCGUCAACAAGGGUCUGCCCUCGCCCCACCUUUGCAAGGCGACGGACCACGGCGCGGAGGAUGCGGAAAUGGGCAUCUGCUUGGACCGCAUCGGCGUCAAGGCGAUGGACUCCCGCGACGGGAUGGGCCGCGGCCGGUUCUUCCCCUUCGUGCCCAAACACCACCUCUUCCCCAACAAGGACAAGAGCUUCUGGUACUGGCAGUACAUCUACUACCCGACCGACGAGGGCCUGGACUGUUGCUCCGACCACGCGGUGUCGUUCCACUACGUGGACCCAGAGGAGAUGUAUGUGCUGGACUACCUGAUAUACCAUCUUCGCCCUUACGGCAUACGGCUCGGUAUGGGCGACCUGCCCAAAGUCCUGCGCGCCAACGACACGGCCGCGACGGACAGCCGA